UUUUGUGGAAAGUCAAAUUUACGAUCAAACCAUAAACAAGAAAUAAAGCAGAGAUCAUCCAACAAAAAAAAACAAAGGAAGAAAAAAAAACAGAGAUCAUUUCUUCCAUCUCCUUCUUCUCUAAUCCUAGCAGUGAGGGAUUUAUUCAUUAUAACAAUGUCGAACCAAUCGUACAGAUUCGGCUUCUUCCGACGGAAGUAUCAUCACACAGCUUCGGUGGCACCACCUGAGGUCAAGAUCCUUUUCGAGAGUUACUCCGAGAAAGGGGUCAUGUCUGUCGAUCAUCUCCUUAGGUUUCUAACAGAUGUUCAGAAACAAGAAAAAGCCACGAGAGAGGAAGCUCAAGCGAUCGUCAAUGCCUUAUCCUCUCUUCUUCAUCGCAAUUGUAUUCACCUUGAUGCUUUCUUUAAGUACCUUUUCGGUGUUGACAACUCUCCUCUUGCUUCUCAUGAGGUGCAUCAAGACAUGAAUGAUCCAUUGUCACAUUAUUUCAUAUUCACAGGGCAUAAUUCGUAUUUGACGGGUAACCAGCUGAGUAGUGACUGCAGUGAAGUACCUAUAAUAGAAGCAUUGCAAAAAGGUGUCAAGGUCAUUGAAUUGGAUCUUUGGCCAAACUCUGAUGAAGACGGUAUUGAUGUUGUUCAUGGAAGGACUCUCACGUCACCUGUGGAGCUGAUCAAAUGUCUUAGAGCUAUUAAAGCGCACGCUUUCGAUGUAUCUGAUUAUCCCGUUGUUGUAACUCUUGAAGAUCAUCUUACUCCACAACUCCAGGCUAAAGUUGCUGAGAUGCUUACUGAAACAUUUGGAGACAUGCUGUUUGCUCCUCCUCCUGGAGAAUGCUUAAAGGAACUCCCAUCGCCAGAGUUUUUGAAAAAACGUAUUCUCAUUUCAACCAAACCUCCCAAAGAGUAUAAGGAAUCAAAACGUGAGCAUGUUGUGGAGAAAGGGAACACUUCAGGUGGUGAUAAGAAUGUUUCAGAUGGAGAUGAGGAUGAAGAUGACGACGAGGAUGAUGAUGAUGAAGAUGAAAAUGAAGUAGAUAAGGUUAAGAAGAGUACACCAUCAGAAUACAAGCAUCUGAUUGCAAUCCAAGCUGGGAAACCGAAAGGCGGAAUGACUGAAUGUUUGAAAGUGGAUCCUGAUAAAGUAAGACGGCUUAGCUUGAGUGAAGAACAACUUGAAGAUGCAUCAGAAAAAUAUGGCACACAGAUUGUGAGGUUUACUCAGCAGAAUGUGCUUCGGAUUUACCCAAAAGGAACUAGAAUUAUGUCAUCAAAUUACGACCCCCUGGUUGGUUGGAGCCAUGGUGCUCAAAUGGUGGCUUUCAAUAUGCAGGGACAAGGAAAAUCAUUGUGGAUAAUGCGAGGAAUGUUUAGAGCCAACGGAGGAUGUGGCUACGUCAAGAAACCCGAUAUUCUGCUAAACAACAACGUUAUAUUUGACCCUCAAGCUUCAUUACCUGUAAAUACAACACUAAGGGUAACUAUAUACAUGGGAGAAGGAUGGUACGAUGAUUUUCCCCGCACACACUUCGAUCGUUAUUCCCCACCUGAUUUCUAUGCGAGGGUCGGAAUCGCUGGAGUUCCCGCGGAUACUGUAAUGAAGAAGACUAAAACCUUAGAAGAUGAUUGGAUGCCAGCUUGGGAAGAGGUUUUUGAGUUUCCGUUAACAGUUCCACAGCUUGCUCUUCUGCGUAUAGAAGUACUUGACUAUGACAUGUCGGAGAAAGACGAUUUCGGAGGUCAAACUUGCUUGCCAGUUUGGGAACUGAGGCAAGGAAUACGUACCGUUCCUCUGCAUAACGAGGAUGGGGUCAAGUGUAGAUCCGUGAAACUUCUUGUGCGGUUGGAGUUUGUGUAAGCAUGCAACUUGCAAGUAGCAAAUCCACGCUUCUUUUGUGUUGGUUUUAUAAAGUUUGUAACAUCCAUUUGCAUGCACAUCUUAGAGCAUGUUUAUAAUUUCUGAAAAAUAAAUAUAUUAACAUUAUAUGUAACGGUUCAUGGUUUUAUGACUGAGUGGAAAGCAAAUCCACGCUUCUUU